AUCUUUAGCCCUGUCUCGGGUUACCGGCCGCCUCCAAAGGCAGGCACGGCCAGCCCGGCCCCCGGGCAGCGCAGAGGGGUCCGGGCAGGGCUGGGCCGAUGGCAUUUCUGAGGAAGGGCUGAAGGACGCUGCCAACCCGCCUGAGCCAUGGCCCUGCUGUGCUACAACAAGGGCUGCGGGCAGAGGUUUGACCCCGAGCACAACGCUGAAGAUUCCUGCCUGUAUCACCCUGGUGUCCCCAUUUUCCAUGAUGCCCUGAAGGGCUGGUCUUGUUGCAAGAAACGCACAACAGACUUCUCUGAGUUCCUCUCCAUAAAGGGAUGCACAAAGGGGUUCCACAGCAAGGAGAAGCCCCCUGAGCCCUCCAGCCAAGAGAAGAGCUCAGAUGAACCAAAGGCCAAGCCAGUGAAGGAGAUCAUUGUCCAAGGACCAAAAUCAGCAGAGAAGAUGCUGCGGGAAAGACCAAGCUCUGAUGAGCCAAGACAACUGCUGCCAAUUAAAGUAUCCAGGUCUCUGGAGCAGGCACUGGAGAAACUGAAUGUGUCCUCUGAGGACAGGACACUCGAGAGCACUUGUACAGGUGAGGAGGCUGCCCAGGUGAGAGCUGGCACCACGUGCAAGAACGCAGCCUGCAAGGCGAUCUACCAGGGCCCAGAGAGUAACACAGAGGUUUGUACGUUUCAUCCUGGCGUUCCUGUCUUCCACGAGGGGAUGAAGUACUGGAGCUGCUGUGGAAUCAAAACCACGGAUUUCAGUGCCUUCAUGGAGCAGCCAGGCUGCAGCCGUGGGCGCCACUGCUGGAUAGAAAAGAAGGACAAGAAGGCGGUGCUGUGCCGGCAGGACUGGCACCAGACCGGCAGCCAGGUGGUGGUGACACUGUACGCCAAGAACCCCCUGCCUGCCCUCAGCAGCGUCAAGGCGAACCGCACCGUGCUCGAGGCUCAUGUCAUCUUUGAAGGGAAUAAGAUUUUCCAGGCAGAACUGGAGCUCUGGGGGACCAUUGAUGUGGAGAGGAGCUUUGUGAGCAUGGUCCCAGCCAAGGUGGAGAUCACACUCUGCAAAGCCAGCCCAGGCUCCUGGGCCAGGCUGGAGCUCCCCCAGAGCAAGCUGCAGUCCUGUGGUGAGCCAGAGAAGGAAGCUGCAAGCACAGAGGAGCCCGGGGCUGUGCAGGAUGAGGACUCUGACAACAGCUUGAGCUGGUCCGAGGAGGAGGAUGAAGAAGAGUUGGAGAUGGGAACACCGGAUCUGAUAACACCGAGUAACUGAUGGUCGAGUGCUUCAGCCAUUCCCUGGGUCCUGUGCCUCCAUCCCUUGUCCCAAGUCCCUGUCCAGCUCUCCUGGGCCCCCUGAGCUGCUGGGCACCUUGACACCAGCUCCAGCAGAGCAGUCCUGGCCCAGAGCCGUGUGCAGGCUGCAGCGUGGCCUCUCCCCGGCUCGGAAGGGACAAUUAAUAAACACCCAGAGCAAAGGUUGUCCUCUGA